CGACAGGACCGGCUCAAACCUGCGCUGGCUAAGGCUAUAGCCACAAAAAGAAACAUAAACCACAGCAGAAAUUACAUUGAUUUCAUUUAUUUUUUUAAGGCGUUUCUCUUAACUUUUCAAAAUGUAAUUCAGCAACCAGGACGACCGCGAAAACAGCAGCCUUCCCGUGGAAGAAGACGUUCUGUUUCAUACUUUUUUUCGACAUAUCAGAAAGGAAAUUUGAAAUCCCGAUGGUUUUCAUAAGGCUGGCCUGUUUCUGCCGGACUGAGGGUUGGAAGCAGCUCCCAUAGUCGGCAUCUCCCCUCCUGUGACUCCUGUAUAGCGUCCCGGGCUCCCGUAGCCCCUCCAUGCCUGUGAUCCCCAUCCCACGGCGGGUGCGCAGUUUCCAUGGCCCCCACACCACCUGCAUGCACUCUGCCUGCGGUUCAGCGCACACCACCAAGCUGGUGCGCACCAAAUACAACAACUUUGAUCUCUACCUGCGCUCCCGCUGGAUGUACAGCUUCCUGCGCUUCCUCCUCUACUUUGGCUGCAGCCUGCUGACCUCCCUGCUUUGGGUGCUGCUCUCUGCACUCUUCUUCCUGCAGUACGUCAGUGUGCGCGUCCUCCUCCGGCUGCAGUACAAGCUCUCUGUUAUCCUGCUUCUGCUUGGGCACCGGCGCCUGGACUUUGGUGUGCUCAAUGAUCUGAUCAUUUACAGCAUGCACAUCACCAUGUUUCUGGUCGGGGGACUCGGCUGGUGCUUUAUGGUGUUUGUGGACAUGUAAAAGAACUGAUGAAAACAGAAGGGCAUAUUGAGAAGACAUCACACUGUAACUUGGAGCAGUAUGUGGUGCUGAAAAGUUCCCAUU